UUUAAUUAAUUAAUUAAUAAUACAGAGCUUAGAUUCACUAAAUCUCUUUGAUUUCGCUUUUGAAUUUUAUGUCCAAAUUGGACAUUAAAGCUGCCUUCCGGAACAUCCCGGUCCACCCCUCUGAUUGGGAACUGAUUGGGAACUGCUAGGGAUGAAGUGACAAGGCCUGUAUUUCUUUGAUAUGGUCCUUCCCUUCGGUCUGCGCAGUGCCCCCUUUCUCUUCGACCAGCUCUCCUCGGCCCUCGAGUGGAUCAUUCUGCCGAACCUGUAGUAGCUCUGACCACCAUGCUGACUCUCUACUUCCCUGGAAUUCAUGGGUAUCCUCUAAGACUCCCACACGAUGGAGGACCGCCUCCCACAAGACAAGCUCGCUCGUACCAAACAGGCCCUCCAUCAGUGGUCCUGUAAAAAAUCAGCCACCCUCCAAGAACUUCAAUCCCUAAUAGGCACUCUCCAAUUCGGAUGCCGGGUGAUUGGCCCAGGUCGCCCCUUCCUCCAACGUAUCAUCCACCUUACCAAGGGUACCCAUCUCCACCACUGGCACAUCAAACUCAAUGCCGGUUUCCGUAAGGACAUCAAGAUGUGGGUUGAUUUCCUAGAACACUGGAAUGGGGUAAGCAUUUUUCUUGAUUCCCGUGUCUCCAAACCCCCCGACCUCCAACUUUUCACAGAUGCCUCCGGGUCCAUAGGCUAUGGAGGGUUCCUAGACGGGCUAUGGUUCCAGGGUCACUGGCUACCAGAACACACCCUUAACAAAAAACGGGGCAUCAGUAUCGAAUGGCAGGAGUUAUUCUCCAUCAACCUGGCAUGUGUCCUGUGGGGCCCCACCUGGCUGGGGAAGCGUAUCCUGAUGUGGUGUGACAGUCAGUCAGUCAUAGCCAUCAUCAACUCCAAACACUCCGAGUCUCUCCAGGUAAUGGACCUUGUUCACAGCAUCACCCUCCAUACUCUAAUUAACAACUUCACAAUUAGUGCUACCCACAUCCCUGGGCUGGAUAAUGCUAUUGCUGACUCCCUUUCCCUUUUUCAGUUGGAUCGUUUCUUGGCCCUGGCUCCCACAGCCUCUCUCACUCCCUGCAUCAUCCCUUCAUCAGCGAUGCUCAUCUGACAGCCUCUGUACAGCAAUGCUUCCAUGCCUCUCUCGACCCCCUCCACAUGGCGAACCUACCAGGCAGGUGAAAAACAUUUCUUAAACUUCACCCUUAUGCAUGGAUUGGUGGGCCCCUUUCACCCCCUAUUGCCAGCAUCAGAACUGACUCACUUAUUGUGCCUCUCACUUAGCCAAAACCAUUUCAUAUGACAGUCAAACUAAUGGGUUGCUGUUCAAGACCUCCAUCGUGAGCUCAACUUCCCCCUCCAUAUCAACAAAAUGCAUCAUCUUCAAAAAGUCCCGACAGGUAUAAAACGCCUAGCCCCCUCAAGAAGACGCGAUCGCUUCCCUAUCACUACCCAAAU